AUGCUCCCGGGCACACUAAUCGAGACAACCAAAGGUCUUUCUUUUUCCGACGCCAGUGGAGCAAAGGCUCGCCGGUGGAGCAAAGGCUCACCGGCGUCAGACUGUGGCUCUCCUGCAUUGCUCUUUCGUCGGUUAUCUGCUCUUUUCGACUUGUUACGACCAUUCUUUCCGCUGCUCCGAGUACCCUAUGAAGGAAAACUCGAAUUUAGUGACCGGCGAAUCCGCAUCUACAAACCACCACAUCCCACUGAUUUUCUCCGUCUCCGUCUUCCACCACCGCGUCGCUAUUUCGGGUAUCAUUACUCGCAUACCACUUGA